AUGCUCCUUCAUGUCCGUGUCUCUAACAUCUCGCUGCCCCCGUCCUCAAACCCACCCGCAGGGAACCUGCGGAGGCCUCCGCACCCCGUGGUGCUGCAGUGGAUCGCGGAGGCUUGGGAUCAAGUCCCCAAGCAGAUCAUCAUCGACGCGUUCCGCCACUGCGACAACACGCGCCUGCUCGGUCGGGCUCCAAAGGAGGAGGAGGAGGAGGAGGAGGAGGAGGAGGAGGAGGAGGAGGAGGAGGAGGAGGAGGAGGAGGCGAUGCAGGCGGAGGGCGUGCGGGAGGUGGCCGUGGCAACCGGCCUGGAGGUGCUGUACCAGGAGACCCCCAACUACCGCGGGGCGGCGGCCGAGGCUGACUGCAUGAUCGAGCCUAGGGAGACGGCUAGGCAUGCCUGGCGAGUGCCAGACCUGGGUGUAGAGCCUGUUGUUAGCGCAGGCGAGGAGGCGGUGACUGAGGGGGGUUAG